GCGGGCAAGAGAAAGAAAGCCAUGUCGGUUCCUCUCUUAAGAGUCGAAGAUAAAAUGUACGAGCUCUUUUUAUUUCGAUCAAACAACAUUGGGAAAUACCGCUUUGCGUAUUGAUUAAACACGGAGAGCUAUGCUUCUUCAUUCGGGGUCAAAAUGCCGGGGCGUAAGAAGGGAAAAGACGAUAAGAUUGCAAAUAAAAAGGCCAAAGACUCCAUUGACCGAGCCGACGAUUCCGUAGACGAGGAAAUAAACGGUCAGACCAGACCUGAGGAAUCACAAGAUGAGUAUACGAGUUUGUGUAAGCGAAAAGUCAACUUGGAAAGAACCAAUCGCAUCUUGGCUGAACAUGACAAAGUGGUCCAAUCUCUGAUCAACAAGGCCAGGGAAGACCUUGUCUGGGCUCAGUAUAUGAAAUGUGAUGGCCUACCUGAUCCCGUGUGUGUUCGAGAGCUCAACACUUAUCUGUCCCUGUGGAAAGACGACUCUAAAGAAGACAUUGAUUCGGUAUUAGAACGGACCAGAGAGGUUCUGCCAAUCAUGACCACUUUGGAGAACCUUAUCGAGAACCCGGACGAAUGGGAAGUGCCCGUUCCCGAAUUCAUGCAGACCAAGAGUUUCAAGGCCAAGCUGUUGGAGCGCACAAAGAUCUUCAACGAGAUGAAGCGCCUCCAAUUGAACAAGCUAAAUCGUGCAACCUAUAAUCUCAUUUUGGAUGUGUCUCCUAUGGUGGAUCCUGAGAACAAUGUUCUGAAGCAUUUCCUCAAAUCUGAUCUAGUGGCCUUGGGACUUUGGGGAAAUGUGGUGGCCAAAAACAUGCGGGUAAAGGAAACAAAUUUUGUGGACUUGGGCUUCGAGUUCGAACUUCCCGGUGAUUUGAUUGGUAGCAUAUUUGCAGUACGGGUUAUGCGUGUGGAAUAUGAUCAUUACUCAAAAAUGUGCAAGUCCAACAAGAUUCCACCCAGGGCUGCCAAAGACAUAUCCACUUAUUUCGAACAAGUCAGCCAGAACAUUCGCACCAUUGAGGAGGAUCUAGCUCGGAAGAACAAAGAGACUCAAGAGCUCAAAGAAGCCCAAAACGAGAUUCAACUCGAGUUGGAUGAGGCCCUGAAGGAGCGGACGAGGAUCCAGAUCUUGGACAAGAAAAACAAGAAGAAAGGUCAGAUUCAGCCUCCAGGCAUGGGGAAGGCAAAUCCCUUGGUAGAAGCCGAGGAACAGAUCUCUCAACGUAUUGAUGAGCUGCAAGUGGCUCAAAUGGAGUUGAACAAGCGGGAAAAGGACAUGAUCAAGCGCGAACAAGAUGAAUUGGAACUGUCUCUCUUGGCCAAGGACAAAGACCCUCAGCAGCAAGCCAAAGAGAUUCUCCAGGAGAGGAUUGAUCUCUACAAGAUCGAUAUCGACGAACAUGAGUUGAACCUGCGGAGAAAUACCAUUUUGGGCGGAGUCUUUUGUUUCGACAUGCUCCAUAUUCCGCCUCAACCGAAGAAAGUUGGAAGUUGGGUCAUUUGCGAAUUGGAAACUCCACAAGUUCUGAAAACGGUUCCAUGGAAGGCCGACUAUAAAUCCCCUGCUCCACCAGAAGAAGGCACUGUAACAAAGAAGACUCCUGAAGAGAUUGAACGCGAAAUCAAGCUCCAGGAGAUGGAACUGCAGAAACUUGUUCUCGUUAAACUGAAGCUCCCGUCUUCGAGUAUGUGGUUUGAGCCCCCUACCAUUGUUCGUUGGGAACACGAAUACCGCUACUGGAGUACCGAAGGCUUCUAUGACAUCAAAUUUGAUGAGGGCAAACAAACUCUGUCCUUUCGUACUACCAGUUUUGGGAUUUUUGCCCUCUCAGCGUUCCGCUUUUCCAACUUGCCUCUUCAAAGUUGGGAACUCUCACCAUUGUCGGAAAACAAGACUCUGAUAGCAUUGAGUGCGGCCGCUGUUCAAGCCGAGUUCGAGAUUGGCGAAGGUUUGGUGACCUUGGUCAAAUUCACUAGCGGGAAUAAGCCCCCGGUUCAAGGGUUGUUGGAUCAACCCAUGAAAUUAAAAGAUCUGAUCAAGGAAAUGCGAGUACAGGGAGUGGACAUAUUUCCGGACUACGAUUCUCACUGUUAUAUUGAAGGUUUGCCUCUGAAGGACAUCCAAACGGAACAGCAUCUUUAUAACUGUAUGGCACUCACGGCUAAUGCUUUGAAUUUUUCAUGGAGCCGCUGGAACUUGCUCUCAGGCUACGAAAAGUUGAUUAUGCAAUACCGAGAAAAGGUUCCAAGCCAUCCCGAGACUCAACUUCAAGUGGUCUUAGUCACUCCACAAAAGACCUCGGUUCUUGAGUGCACUGAGGCCUCCCAGACCUUCAGUGAUGAGGCUGUUCCUGGAAUGGGCAAUUUAGCUGAUGUCUACACCAUGGCACUCGAUCUUGGCUCAGAAGAGGUUAAGAAACAGAUUCCCAAGGCCAAGGCUGUAUUUGUGAACACCGUUUAUGAAUUCUUGUCUUCGGCCAAGAUCAUAUCUUAUGCAUAGGUACUUUAAAUGUAUUGCCUUGCCCUGGUCCCUUUCCAUCGCUUAUUGUAAUAAACAAGAGGCUGUUGAAGACCAACAAAGCAUUUUGAGCCCGCAUUCUGCUCCAGGUCGAGCUUUGCCCAUGUACAAGCUCAACGUCGGCUCCAAAUAGGCCUGUCUAAGGCCACAUUAUCCCAUCAUUGAACGCGUCUUCUCGGUCGGAGAGACAUUGUCGCAUUUCGAGCCAGCAGUGUUGGCACACUUUCAAAUAAUAAGUCACCGUCCAUGCUUGAGAGGAAUGUGAGCAGCCUCGUGUUCUAGUUGGCAAAAUGGAUCAAAGCCUGGAUGACAGUCAAGACAAGGGCUAUGUGAGCCCCUGUUGGCUCGAGGAUGGGUCAUUCCAUCCCGUUUGUAUUGUCGUGAUAUCCGUGGGAAUUGUGGUCUUCUUCAUCUCAGUGGCGUGCAUCUAUCAAAUCACGAAGCUGUGUCGAAAACUCAAGGCCGACUCUCGAAUGGAGAAAGAGACCACAGCCGAAAAGGCCGAAGAAUCCUAUCGUUUGAGCCAACCCAACUCGAAUACUAAUCUUCUCCGUCCACCACGGCCUAACCAUGUGGAUCGGAUUGACACGGUCGAGACCUCAUUUAUCACCAAUGCGACCGCAAGCACGUCCGUGUAGCCACCGACGUUAGGCCCUGAUUAUCAUCCCUUCCUUUCCAGUCAAAAACCAUUGCUCAAAUUAGAAUAAAUUACGCAGACUAUUUUUGUCAAGCUCCCAA